GAUAAAACACCGAGGUCUCUUUAACAUUUGUUUACGAUUUGUUUGUAUGAGUUCAAACUGUUUGUACAGCGCCAUGUACCACCGACUGCAAGGGACUGUGCCCGAUAUUCUAUUGUUGUAUAAGGCAGGGGUCUGUCAACAGAAGGAAGACGGACCAAACGGUCCUCUCGCUAAACAAGCCUGGGGGCAUGGGUUUCCUCCAAACCAUCAUUAAGGCCACCCCCCCAGCGUUACUGAUUGAUGCUUCUUCCAACUUCCGGGACUGCGACAUCUUUGUAUAACUCGGCAUAAGUUUCGCGAAGUGGUUGCUAUCGAAAACCUGGAGUGACGGAACCCAUGAUCGACCCCAGCCCUCACGACGACCGCACCUUCAUGUCCUCCAAAUGAGCAUCACCACCACCACCGCGACCUAACCAGCUUUCGGUGGUCUUUCGCCGAGCAACAAGAGAAUCCCUGAUUGACAAGUCGGAUUUAUCGGUAUCUCUAUGAAGGCAACACCUAGACCGCGGGAGCUGGGAGGAAGCUUUAAGAGCAGAAGUCGCCAUGGAGCUCAACUUUCUAUCAGCGACACAAACCAUCAUGUCACCGAAGCGAUCGGAGACAUGUACGGAGACGAUGACGACUGGAAACGCGAAUCCCGACCCUUGAGCUUUAUCAGCUCUCCUCUGAAUCAAUCGCCUGAGUCCGAUGAAGCCUAUUUCUCGAACUCGAAUUGGACAACAGAACCGCUGGCAGGCAGACGAAAUACUGCGCCAAGACCUCAGCUACAAGUGAAUGGCGGCCCGGCUGGGAAAUCACACACACUGCCAGCGGCGCUUCCAAGUCAUAGGAAUGCCGUUGUUGAUAUUGCGCCGCCUUCUCCGAGCCACUCGUUGCGAGAUGGCCACUCUAUGUCCGACACGGCCAACCAACAGUUCCCUCUAAAUGACAUCGACUAUGAAUCAAACCCCGCCGCUGUAGCGCAAGAGUUGAGUAACCUACAAGCUUUACGACGCAUGUCGAUGGAUGUGGGAAAUACCAGCGACCCCGAUCUGCCUACGUUCCAAGGGCGCCCUGUAAUGCCAUCGGUGGCUCCGACCGGAGGAGACGACGAAGAUGAUCCAUCACGACUGUUCUGGGUGCCUGCAAGGGUUCACCCAGAGCUGGCGCCCAUGGAGUUCAAGUCGUUCUUGGAAACCCGUGUAAAGACUAUUAAGAGGCGAUCGGGAGAUUCGACGUUGGUACCGGACAUCCUGGAGCGGUCUGGGUCUGCGAGUAGUUUGCGGAGGAAGAAGUCUAUGCUGUCACGGCAAAUAGACAACUCUGGAGGAAAGGGCGGAUUGGGUUAUCAAGAUGGAGCUGACAAGCUCGAACGAAGGAGAUCGUUGCUUUCCCAGGGUGGAAAUGAAAUAAAGAUGUCUGAUUUAACAGAGCUGGACGAGCUCGUUAAAAACCCCGCAAAGGCUUUCCAAAAGCUGUCAAUGGAAAGGGGUAAACACGAUGACGCAGGAGCAGAAGUUCCAGUAGACGAGGAUAUGCCUAUACUCCCAGCUGCGCCAGGUUUCGGACUGCGACGAUCCACACAUACGACUUAUCGCAAAGGCAGCCUUAGAAGAGGAGAGCGUGUACCAUAUUCGAAACGAGCCGGAGCAAGGCAGGUCGAGGCGGAUGGGGAUGAUCCCUUUACAAGUCCAGGGGUAAAACGAGUUAUGUCCGAACCUGUUUCUGAGAAUUUCUCACGCCCGAACCGCCGGCGAGGCCCUACUAUAGAGGACAAAGAUUCUGAUCAGAUACAAGGGUCAAAAUAUGAAUUGACCGACCAGGACGUACAAUUCGGUGAAGAAACGUUGUCGCGAACAGAAUCUCACCGAUCUGAUGUUUCAUUGCCGCAAAUAAUUGAAACACCUCCUGAAGACGAACAGCCAUUAGAAGAACCUCUAUCGCCUACCCACCACUCAUUCCCUGAACGUUCGUCAUCCUUUAACCAGCCACAGGCCGCAGAGCAACCACCGACAGAGCCUCCGCCUCGUUCUAGCAGGCGGCCAGGUGUGGCAAGGCAGGUUUCCUCCACCGGCGACGCAGUUCCCAAAUCUUCCAAGGCAAACCUGGUUAACGAAUUAACGCAAUCACCAUCACCACUGCCUGGAAGCAGCUCGAGAACAGAUAGCUUAACGUUCAUCCCUACAGUGGUCGAGGAGAAGAAGCCGGAAGUAAAGACCCAUAAAGAUAGAGAAAGGGACAAGGAUGAUAAUGAGUCGACCACUUCUAAGAAAGGAUGGGGGUGGUUCAAGGGAAGUGAUGAUAAGAAUAAGAAGGAUAAGAAGAAGGAUGACGAAUCGUCUAAAAAGAGCAAGGCCAAGGUCAGCCUGGAGAAAACUCAUGACGGUGCUCGUCUCGAUGUAUUACAACAUUCGAUUGAGUCAAAUGCUCAACGGGGCAGGGAGAGCUUACACCAGGAGAGGGAAAGUUUUGAAAACAAAUUGGUGGACGAGCGGAAAAAAGAGAGCUCCCGCAAAGCCGGCAAAGAGGAGAAGAAAGAAAAAGACGGGUUGUUUUCGUCUCUAUUUGGUGGCAAGAAGAAAGGGGAGCGCGAUUCAGGAGGGAAGAAAUCGGCCUCACUACGCGCUCUAUCACCCGAACCGCCAAGGUAUCUUCGUCCUGACGUCGACUACAGCUGGACAAGGUUUUCUCUCUUGGAAGAACGCGCCAUCUACCGUAUGGCGCACAUCAAGCUGGCCAACCCGAGGCGACCACUGCAUAGUCAAGUGCUGCUAAGCAAUUUUAUGUAUGCCUACCUGGCCAAGGUGCAGCAGAUGCAUCCUCAUGUGCAGGUACCGCAGUCUGCAGCACAGAAGAAGGCCCAGGAAGCAGAGCGCAAGGCCAAAGAGGCCGCGCGUCGCGAAGAGGAGGAACAACAGCAAAGUGAACAGUACAGAUAUGACUAUCAUCAGGGAAUCGCUAACUAUGCCGACUCUCCAUCAGACCAGCAGGAACAGCAGCAGCAUCAGCAUCAGCAUCAGCAUAAACAACAACAACACCACCAGCAACAGCAACACGAUGCAUCGGAAACUGUGACUUACGUUGAUGAUUCUCAGAUCUAUGAUUACGACCACCAGGAUGACGGUGGGGGCCAACACCAACCACGGCAGGCGUCUAGAAGGCAAGGCGGCGACGACUAUUCGCAAUCUGGACAGGGGCAAUAUUCGCAUCAGCAGCAGCAACAGCAGCAGCAGCAGUAUUACCAGUACGAUAAUCAACAGCAAGGGGCUUAUGAUCAUGAUAAGGACGGAGAUAUGUGGUGAGAUGGCGAGGCAGCGAGACGGAUAUAGUAUUGUACAUAAGGAGGACACGUUCGUUUGGGAGCAUGGGGUGUUUGGCGCUGGAUACCGUCAGUAUCCACGGGUCUGGUUUCUUUGUCGUAUGGGGUUUAAGGCGCGGAUAGGAUGCAUAGCGACUGGGCGGCUCAAGGGCCGUUGUCUACGGCGAGCAGUAUAUGAGUGAGCACGAUACGUUGUUAUCUUCGCGCUCAGAGUAGUUGGAGAUUUGUGUUGAAAUGACGAUUGACGCUACUUUGCUGGAAUUUGAUAUGUGAUUACCGACGCAUGAGCUGUGUGUACAGUAUUAGUACGAUAAAUUAUGGAGGAGAUGCUGAUAUACAGUACAAUUCCCACGAUAUACACUUUUGAG